GCCUCACAGCUGAGGAGAUGGAUGUGCAGAGGCGGCAGAAUGUCGCCUAUCAGUACCUGUGUCGGCUAGAGGAAGCCAAGCGCUGGAUGGAGGCCUGCCUGAAGGAGGAGCUUCCUUCCCCUGUAGAGUUGGAGGAGAGCCUCCGAAAUGGAGUGCUGCUGGCUAAGCUGGGCCACUGUUUUGCACCCUCUGUGGUCCCCUUGAAGAAGAUCUAUGAUGCAGAGCAACUGAGGUACCAGGCAACUGGUUUGCAUUUCCGUCACACAGACAACAUCAACUUUUGGCUGUCUGCAAUUGCCCACAUCGGUCUGCCUUCGACCUUCUUCCCAGAGACCACAGACAUCUAUGACAAGAAGAACAUGCCCCGGGUGAUCUACUGCAUUCAUGCUCUCAGUCUCUUCCUCUUCCGGCUGGGAUUGGCCCCUCAGAUCCAUGAUCUAUAUGGAAAAGUGAAAUUCACAGCUGAGGAACUCAGCAACAUGGCCUCUGAACUGGCUAAGUAUGGCCUCCAGCUGCCUGCCUUCAGCAAGAUCGGGGGCAUCCUGGCCAAUGAGCUCUCAGUGGAUGAGGCUACAGUCCAUGCAGCUGUCCUUGCCAUCAAUGAGGCAGUGGAACGAGGGGUGGUUGAGGACACCCUGGCUGCCUUAAAGAAUCCCAGUGCUCUUCUGGGGAAUCUUCGGGAACCUCUAGCAGCCAUCUACCAGGAGCUGCUGGCCCUGGCCAAGAUGGAGAAAGCUGCCAAUGCCAGGAACCACGAUGACAGAGAAGGUCAGGACAUCUAUGACUACUACCUAACCCAGGCUGAAAUCCAGGGCAACAUCAACCAUGUCAAUGUCUGUGGAGCUCUGGAAGUUGUUGAUGAUGCUCUGGAAAGACAGAGCCCCGAGGCCUUGCUUGAGGCUCUUCAAGAUUCUGCCUUGGCCCUCCGAGGGGUAAGGAGAGACUUUGCUGACUGGUACCUGGAACAGCUAAGCUCAGACAGAGAGCAGAAAGCACAGGAACUGGGCCUGGUGGAGCUUCUGGAAAAAGAGGAGGUCCAGGCUGGUGUGGCUGCUGCCAACAAGAAGGGUGAUCAAGAACAAGCCAUGCUCCAGGCUGUGCUUCGGAUCAACAGAGCCAUCCAGAGGGGAGUGGCUGCUGACACUGUGAAGGAGCUGAUGUGCCCCGAAGCCCAGCUGCCCACAGUGUACCCAUUUGCCUCCACUGUGUACCAGCAGGAACUGGCAGUGCUCCAGCGGCAGCAGCAGGGGGAACUGAGCCAGGAGGAACUUUUUGUGGCUGUGGAGAUGCUCUCAGCUGUGGUACUGAUUAAUCAUGCGCUGGAAGCCAGGGAUACCCAAGGCUUCUGGGGCAGUCUGGUGAACCCUGCUACAGGCCUGGCCCAGGUGGAAGGAGAAAAUGCUCAGCGUUACUUUGAUGCUCUGUUGAAGCUGCGACAGAAGCGUGGUAUGGAUGAGGCCUUCCUGAGCUGGAAUGACCUGCAGGCCACUGUGAGCCAGGUCAAUGCCCAGGUCCAGGAAGAGACAGAUCAGAUUCUUGCAGUCAGCCUUAUCAAUGAGGCUCUGGACCAGGGCAGUCCAGAGAAGACGCUGUCUGCCCUGCUGCUUCCUGCUGCUGGCCUGGAAGAUGUCAGCCUUCCUAUUGCUCCUCGAUACCAUCUCCUCCUCGUGGCAGCCAAAAGGCAGAAGGCCCAGGUGACAGGGGAUCCUGGAGCUGUACUGUGGCUAGAGGAGAUCCGCCAGGGAAUAGUCAAGGCCAAUCAGGACACAAAUGCAGCUCAGAAAAUGGCCCUUGGUGUAGCUGCCAUCAAUCAGGCCAUCAAGGAGGGCAAGGCAGCCCAGACAGAGCGGGUGUUGAGGAACCCCAAUGUGGCCCUCCGGGGGAUAGUUCCCCACUGUGCCAAUGGCUACCAGCAGGCUCUGGAAGAUGCUCUGGCAAAGAAGCGACAACCAGGGGACACAGCUUUCUGGGUCCAGCAUGCCAUGAAGGAUGGCACUGCCUAUUACUUCCAUCUGCAGACCUUUCAGGGAACAUGGGAGCAACCCUCUGGCUGCCGCCUCAACACAUCCCACCUGACCCAGGAGGAAAUACAGUCGGCCAUCACCAAGGUCACUGCUGCCUAUGACCGCCAGCAGCUCUGGAAAGCCAAUAUUGGGUUUGUCAUUCAGCUCCAGGCCCACUUCCGUGGCUUCCUGGUUCGCCAGAAGUUUGCUGAACGUUCCCACUUCCUGAGGACCUGGCUCCCAGCCGUCAUCAAAAUCCAGGCUCAUUGGCGGGGCUAUAGACAACGGAAGAUUUACCUGGAGCGGUUGCAGUAUUUUAAAGCAAACCUGGAUGCUGUAAUCAAGAUUCAGGCCUGGACCCGGAUGUGGGCAGCUCGAAGACAAUACCUCAGGCGUCUGCGCUACUUCCAGAAGAAUAUUAACUCCAUUGUGAAGAUUCAGGCAUUUUUCCGAGCCAGGAAAGCCCGAGAUGACUACAGGAUGUUAGUGCAUGCACACCACCCUCCCCUCAGUGUAGUGCGCAGAUUCGCCCACCUCUUGAACCAGAGCCAGGAAGACUUUUCUGCUGAGGCAGAGCUGCUAAAGCUCCAGGAAGAGGUGGUCAGGAAGAUCCGGUCCAAUCAGCAGCUGGAACAAGACCUCAACCUCAUGGACAUCAAGAUUGGUCUGCUGGUCAAAAAUCGAAUCACCUUGCAGGAGGUGGUCUCUCACUGCAAGAAGCUGACCAAGAAGAAUAAGGACCAGCUGUCAGAUAUGAUGGUUCUGGACAAGCAGAAGGGAUUAAAGUCAUUGAGCAAAGAGAAACGGCAGAAGCUAGAAGCUUACCAACACCUCUUCUACCUGCUCCAGACUCAACCCAUCUACUUGGCAAAGCUAAUCUUUCAGAUGCCACAGAACAGAACCACCAAGUUCAUGGAAGCAGUGAUUUUCAGUCUGUACAACUAUGCCUCCAACCGCCGAGAGGCCUACCUCUUGCUCCAGCUGUUCAAGACUGCACUCCAAGAAGAAAUCGAGUCAAAGGUGGAGCAACCCCAGGAUGUGGUGACAGGCAACCCAACAGUGGUGAGGCUGGUGGUGAGAUUCUACCGUAAUGAGCGUGGACAGUGUGCCCUGCGGGAGAUCCUGGGCAAGGUUAUCCAGGACGUGCUGGAGGACAAGGUGCUCAGCGUCCACACAGACCCUGUCUACCUCUAUAAGAACUGGAUCAACCAGACUGAAGCCCAGACAGGGCAGCGCAGCCAUCUUCCCUAUGAUGUCACCCCUGAGCAAGCCUUGUGCCAUCCCGAGGUCCAGAGACGGCUAGACAUCUCCCUGCGCAACCUCCUUGCCAUUACCGAUAAAUUCGUAGUAGCCAUCAUUUCAUCUGUGGACCAAAUUCCGUAUGGGAUGCGGUAUGUGGCCAAAGUCCUAAAGACUACACUGGCAAAGAAGUUCCCCAAUGCUACCGAGAGUGAGAUCUAUAAGGUGGUAGGGAACCUCUUGUACUACCGGUUCCUGAACCCAGCUGUGGUAGCUCCGGACGCCUUUGACAUUGUGGCCAUGGCAGCAGGUGGUGCCCUGGCUGCCCCCCAGCGCCACGCCCUGGGGGCUGUGGCUCAGCUCCUGCAGCACGCUGCAGCUGCCAAGGCCUUCUCAGGGGAGAGCCAGCACCUGAGAAUCCUGAAUGACUAUCUGGAGGAGACUCACCUCAAAUUCAGGAAGUUCAUCUGCAGAGCCUGCCAGGUGCCAGAGCCAGAGGAACGUUUUGCAAUGGAUGAGUACUCAGACAUGGUGGCUGUGGCCAAACCCAUGGUAUACAUCACCGUGGGGGAGCUGGUCAGCACACACAAGCUAUUGCUGGAGCACCAGGACUGGAUCGCCCCUGACCACCGAGACCCCCUGCACCAGCUCCUGGAGGAUCUUGGGGAGCUGCCCACAGUCCCUGACCUUAUUGGGGAGAACAUAGCUACAGAUGGACACAUGGAUCUGAGCAAGCUCGAAGUCUCCCUGACACUCACCAACAAGUUUGAAGGACUAGAAACAGACACUGAUGAUACCAGUGCCCGGAGCCUGCUUCUGAACACCAAGCAAAUGCUGGCUGAUAUCAUCCAGUUCCACCAUGGUGACACCCUCGAGGAAAUCCUGGCCCUCUCAGCUUCUAGAGAACAGGAAGUAGCCCACAAGCGGCUGAUGUGCCGACGCCAGGCCAAUGAGGCCCAGACCCCGGAGCCACUAAGGCGACAUCGCUCCCUGAUGGCUCACUCCCUCCUACCGCUGGCAGAGAAGCAGCGUCGCAUCCUGCGAAAUCUGCGUCGACUCGAGGGCCUGGGGUUGGUCAGUGCCAGCAAUGGCUAUCAAGGACUGGUGGAUGAGCUGGCCAAGGACAUCCGAAAUCAGCGCAGGUACCGACAGCGUCGGAAGGCAGAGCUGGUGAAGCUGCAGGCCACGUUCCAGGGCCUGAAUGCUAAGACCACCUUCUAUGAGGAACAGGGUGACUACUACAGCCAGUACAUCCAGGCCUGCCUGAACCACCUGGCCCCCAGCUCCAAGAGUUCUGGAAAGGGGAAGAAGCAGCCAUCCCUUCAUUACACCGCUGCUCAGCUCUUGGAGAAGGGUGUCUUGGUGGAAAUUGAAGAUCUCCCCACCUCUCACUUUAGAAACGUCAUCUUUGACAUUACUCCUGGAAAUGAAGCAGGAAAGUUUGAAGUAAAUGCCAAGUUCCUGGGUGUAGACAUGGAGAGAUUUCAACUUCACUAUCAGGACCUCUUACAGCUGCAGUAUGAGGGUGUAGCUGUCAUGAAGCUCUUCAACAAAGCCAAAGUCAAUGUCAACCUUCUCAUCUUCCUCCUCAACAAGAAGUUCUUGCGGAAGUGAUGGAGACAGUGGGUGCCACCCAGGCCCCUCUUGAUGGAUAUUCUUUAACACUAACUCACCUUUCUGCUUCCCUGAAGAUACAGAGUUCAGGCCUGGGAAAAGAUCAAAGACCCCUUCCCUGACUGGGAGGAGUUUGUCUAACUUGGCCUCAGUUUGCCAAAUUGGCUGAAGAGAGCCUGUCUUGCCCAGAUCUAGAUGCAUGGCUUCUACCACAUGUGAUAGAAUGAUGGUUUCCCAGCCAGAUGGUAGGUAGAAAGUAGACCUACCCCACUAUUACAAGCACUGCCUACAGGCCUCGUUUCCCUCUCUGCAGACUCCUAAAGCCAGGGUCAGCUCCGUAUCCCUGCUUCCCAUUUCCUCAGCAGUGGGUGGGCCUCCUCUGCCGAAGCCCAGGCUCCUCUGCUGCUGUGACACCACCCAUCCUUCAACCCCCACAUCAGACAGGGUGUCAGGGUGCUAUGUUUGCUGCUGUCAUGUGGCAUUGGCACUGUCCUCCAUUGCAGUAUGGGCAAGAUGACCUUCUGUGAACCUCAAAUCUUGUUCCCUCAUUUAUAUGUCUGUUUUAUAUGUGGGUCACUAGGCUAUUUAUUCUCUCUCCCAAUCCUACACUCUGGAUCAUUGUGCUGCCUUAAUCAUGGUUUUAAUUCUCUCAUCUUUCUGAGGCCAAAUUCAAAUUAAUAUCCAUGCCAUUCUUUUUUACUGUGUAUUAAAGUCACCUUGGGUCAGGGCAAUAGGGUCCCUGUGUGUGCGAGCUCAUUAUCUCAGCUUCCUACGGGAGGAAGAGCAGUCUUUCCCUUUUCUCUUUCACCCUCAGGACUUUUCCACCCUCAGAGCGGCUCUUCAAGGUAGUUUUCUGCCUCUGCCUGUUUCUGUGUCCAGCCCACAUCUUCCAACUUCCUGUCCCUGUUGCUCUUCUGACUUCACCUUAA